AGUUAGCGCUACGUAGUGCUAGCUUCGUCUAAACACACCCAUUUACACAUGUUGAUCGGGAGAAUUUUACGUGAUCGUGAUGAAUAUAAACGAAAGAUUGAAGUCAUACAGACGUAAAAAACACAAAGAACAGAUGACGGAGUCAAUCAAGAAUGCUGUCAGAAACAUAUUUUCGUCGAAUCCCAACGACACAGCUGUAGAAUCUACGAAGGAAGAGGAGGUUAAAUUAUGCAAGCAGUCACAGGAGAUCCAGGAUGAGGAAAACGUCCCGUCGUACGAUAAUGUACCGGAAUCGAAAAGUACAGUUAUCACCAAAAUAAUUUAUCUUUUAUACUUUUUGUUAUGGAUUACGCUGUACGCGAUUGCGCUGGAGUAUCAGUUUGGCGCUGUUUAUUUUAUAUUGUCGGCAUUGAUCUUCAUCUACUUGAACACCAGAUCUGGACCAAAGCGACAAGGUGAACUCAGUGCCUAUUCAGUUUUUAAUCCAAAUUGUGAAGCUAUAGAAGGAACACUUGACGCAUCACAAUUUGAAAGAGAGAUGGGAUACAGAGUAUAAUAAUGAGCCAGUAUAAUAAAAACUUAAAGUAGUAAAGUCUGAAUAUAAAAAGUUGUCAUAUAUAUGUAUAUAUAUAUGUAUAUAUGUACAUAUAUAUAUGUACAUAUGCAACAUUUUUUAUUAUUUAAUAUCAUAGAUUGACAAAUGUGAUAGUUUUUAUGUCAAUCAUACAUUGUACAUUCCGUACAGAUAAAGAUUUUCAACUUAAAAGAGAUUAUACUAUAGAAAUAUAAUUAAAU